AUGGAGCUGGGGCUCGCGGGCCGCCGGGCGCUCGUCACCGGGGCGGGCAAAGGCAUCGGGCGCAGCACGGUGCAGGCGCUGCACGCGGCGGGUGUGCAGGUGGUGGCCGUGAGCCGGACCCAGGGCGACCUGGACAGCCUGGUCCGCGAGUGCCCUGGGGUAAAGCCGGUGUGCGUGGACCUGAGCGACUGGGAGGCCACGGAGCGGGCGCUGGGCGGCGUGGGCCCCGUGGACCUGCUGGUGAACAAUGCCGCUGUGGCGCUGCUGCAGCCCUUUCUAGAGGUCACCAAGGAGGCGUGUGACAUCUCCUUCGAUGUGAACCUGCGGGCCGUUAUCCAGGUGUCCCAGAUUGUGGCCCGGGACUUGAUCGCUCGCGGAGCCCCAGGGUCCAUCGUGAAUGUGUCCAGCCAGGCCUCCCAGCGCGCACUAACUAACCACAGCGUCUACUGUGCCACCAAGGGUGCCAUGGACAUGCUGACCAAAGUGAUGGCUCUGGAGCUUGGGCCACACAAGAUCCGUGUGAAUGCAGUGAACCCCACAGUGGUGAUGACACCCAUGGGCAAGGCCAACUGGAGCGACCCCCGGAAAGCCAAGACCAUUCUAGACCGAAUCCCACUGGGCAGAUUUGCUGAGGUGGAGAACGUGGUGGACUUCAUCCUCUUCCUGCUGAGUGACCGGAGCAGCAUGACCACGGGCUCCACUGUGCCGGUGGAUGGGGGCUUCCUGGCCACCUGAGCCUCCCCCCCCACCACAGCCCUAUAUGCUGAGCCCUGCCUCCCACCCCCUCCCUCCAAUAAACACGAUU